AACCAACCCAUUGCUUUAUAAGAUUACACGAUAACUUCAAUUUUCCAUUUACAAUAUUUUUCUCUUGGAAUGUUUAUUAAUAUUUUCCUAUUCACACUUAAGAUACUUUUGCGAUCAGCUCCGUUAGCUUCUUCAACAUGGUUUCUUUCUUCCUGUGGUAAAUAUUUUGGCCUCGAUACGUUUGUUGCAACGUAAUUUGCGAAGACGACUCCACCAGUUUCUUCCAUUGUGAACGUACCAAUGUCGAUAUUCAUCCUGAUCGAAGGACCUGCGUGUCCAUAUAUCAGGAAGUCGACGCACUCCGAGUGUAGGCUUAAUGGUUCCUGGUGACCCUCUAUUAGGUAUACUAUGUAAAAAAAUUAUUUUAAAAAAAUUGACGCAGUUCAUUUUUGAAAAUAAAUAAAAUAAACAGAACAUCUUGACAAGAUAUAUUUAUGAUGUUAAUAUAUUGCCUUGAAGAUUUAAAGACAAUGGAAAAGAAAUUGUAUUUUUCUUUUAACCAAUUUCAUUUUCUUUCUUCUGACUUUUUUUAAGGAUGUAGUUUCUACUAAUAAAUCUUUCUGAUUAUGUUGAUCGUGGUCACGUCGAUGUUCGUCGUUGGAGGUCUUAAUGUUCGAAUCUCAGCUUCGAUGUUCUUCUUCGACUCCUCGAUGUAAUUGUGACAUCAAAAGUCAUAAUUUUACAAAAAUGCCAAAUGUAAAACAUUUUACUUAGUAGUAUAAUGCGUCUAAUGUUAUUUCAUAAGAAGUGGCUUGAGGUUUGUCACCAUUAUCAAUCUUUUUGUUUAUCGUUAUCAACUUUGGAGCUUGAUCAAUGAAUAUUGAUAACAGAAAGCGAUUAAGAUCCUCAAAAACUUCCAAAGCGAUUACUUCUAGACCAUUUCUAUUAGAGAGAAAAAGCAUAUCACAAUAAUUUGGUCACCUUGUAAACAAGUUUGUUUUACAAUAUUGAAACUUACUGAGAUAAUAGAUAAUUACAUAGAUUUACAAAUAAAUAUCGCUUAGUUUAAACAUUUGGUGUCUAUUCAAAAUAAUUCUUUCAAGUGGAAAUUGAAGGAAACAAAGCUACUUCAUACAAGAGAACUCAUCUAAUUGUAAGUUACUGCGAAAAAUGCGUGAAGCUUAGGAGAAAAAGUUGGGAGGAAGAAUGUGAUAAAAAAGAUUGUGAUACUAAGAAAUUAACUGGUUCUGUGACUAAACUGAUAAAGCAACAGGUAUAUAUCGGCGAGCACGUCCGUACUCUCAUAUCCACAGUGACAGUAAUUGUGAGUGGCAAUAGUACAGUGACAAACAAAUAUUCAAUUAUGAAGAGAUUUCUAGGUAUCGUUAUUGUGAUUGCAUUUGCAGCAACUGCAAGUUCGGCAAUCAAUUGCACUAAUAAUAUAUGCCUGGCAAGUGGAUCGCAGCACACUAUGUGCAAGUAUAAGAGUUCGAAUCCGGCAGCAGCCUGUGGCGAAGUAAUAUCUGUGGGAUUAACAACCAAAGAGCGAAGGGAAAUUGUUAAUGCACACAACAAGCAUAGAUCAUUCGUGGCUCAGGGUUAUGAAAUAAAAGGAAAUCCAGGACCACAACCACCGGCAAAGAAUAUGCCAAAAUUGGUUUGGGACAAUGAACUAGCGCAAAUAGCUCAGAGAUGGGCAAUCCAGUGCGAAAACAUUGUCGAUGGAUGCAGACACGUUGAUAGAUUCCUGGUCGGGCAAAAUUCGGCUAGAAAAGAGACUACUGGUAAUGUGACUGCAACACCAUCAGAUAUGGUGGACAUAUGGUACAAGCAAGUAGGAAAUAUGGACCGCAAUAAAGUUUCCGGACUUACAAGUACAAGCGGCGUGAGUGCUUACACUCAAUUAGUUUGGGCCAAGACAAAGUUCAUUGGUUGCGGUAAAAUAGCAUAUAAUGUAAGUUCGCACGAGUAUUACUCUGUGGUAUGCAAUUAUGGUCCAAGCGGUAAUUUUAUGCCUGAACCAGUGUACGAAAUCGAAUUACAACGCAAAUAAUUUGAAAAACUUUGUCUGAAUUGUUAUGAACUAAUAAAAGAUAUUUUUAAGAACAAA